CACUUUGGAUCACUGACUCCAUCUCCAGUUUCUUCCCCAUUCUAUGUGCUUCACAGCUUACACUAUAUAUAUCUCCCAUCUCGAUUCACUCAGCCUUUCGCUUCUCCUGUCUCUGCCACGCUUUCCUGUUUGCUUCAGAGGGGAGUAAUUUCUGAGUGACAGCCCUUUAAAGACCUUUUCAAUCGCCACGAGUCACCGGUUUUUAAAGAUUAUCUCCUCUGAAAGCAGAAGGGAAUUCUGUCGCAGGAAAUUCAACUUAUUUAAAUAAUGGAGCACAAUGAGACAGGAUGCCAAGUUCCACUUGGGGCUCCUAAACUUUGUGCCAAUGGUUGUGGAUUCUUUGGAACUGCAGCGACCAUGAACUUGUGCUCUAAGUGCCACAAAGACUUCAUAAUGAAGCAAGAACAAACCAAACUUGCUUCAUCGUCCCUUGAGAGUAUUGUGAACGGUAGCUCAAGCAACAUCAGGAAUGAGCCUGCUGUUGCUAUUGAUCUGCAAACUUAUUCAGCAGAGACUAUGGUCAGUUCUGCUUCAGCGUCCUCUGAUUCAGCUCUCAGCACAAAUGGUGACACGGUGGUGAAAGCAAGUCAAAAUAGGUGCGCCACUUGCAGGAAACGCGUUGGUCUAACAGGAUUCAGUUGUCGUUGCGGGAAUCUUUUCUGUUCAGUUCAUCGCUACUCAGACAAACAUGGUUGCACCUAUGAUUAUCGAACUGCUGGACAAAAUGCUAUUGCCAAGGCCAACCCCAUUGUGAAAGCUAAAAAGCUUGAUAACAUCUGACCCUCAUCAAACUUCUGCUGAAGGUAUCACAUCUAUGUUCUGGGAUGCCACAUGCAAGGCUUUUAUCUCGUUGUUCUUGUUAUUUAGAUGUCGUGUUGCUCAAAAGGUUGAAAUAACAUGUGAACUGGCAUCUUUCCAGUUACUAGCUUGUCUCCUUUGUUCUAAAUGUUAAAUGUCGAAAUGUGUUUGGUCUAAGUAUGGCAGCAGCAGCAGUUGUUACGCUAGCUUAAUGAAUGGUGCCAGCACCAGUUGUUUGAUUUCUUCAUGGCAUUUCUAUUUUGACUAAUUUUGUGUCAUUAAAAGUCUGAGACAUUCUUUGUUCAA